AAUACUGCGAGAUUUAGCACUAAUGCUGCCGAUAUUUCUGGACGGCUUUAUGCUGAGAGAACAUUAACAGAUGGAUGAAACAGAAUCACCCACAACUAUAUACAAAGGAAUGAUAAUUUGCGUUUGUGCCUUUUUAAUUUCUUCAUUCUCAUUGGGAACAAUAUCAAAUUAUGCCAUAAUGCUGCCGACAUUCUUGGACGAAUUUAAUGCAGGAAGAACAUUAACAGCACUAGUUGGAUCAAGUCAGCAUGCAAUGGUCUUUAUGUUUUGCCCAUUAGCGGGAUCUCUAAUCGACUUGUUUGGAAUGCGUAAAGUUUCAUUUGCAGGAGGAUUACUUUAUUCAGUCGGAUUAAUCUCAGCUUCUUACGUUAAUUCAAUAUAUGGUUUAUUCCCGACAUUUUCUGUGAUGGUAUCUUUUGGAAGUGCUUUACUUUAUUCCUCGACUCAGAUAGCGCCUGUUAAGUGCAUUUCAUCAAAAUACCAAGGAAUUGCAUGCUCUUUUGUUACUGGCGGCUGGUACACAGGAACGCUAAGCCUUUCCUUGUUGAUCACAUUUUUAUUGGAGCAAUUUCACUGGAAGGUUAUGUUUCGUAUACUCUCAUCUCUUGGAGUCGUUAUUUGUUUGCUAAGUUUAACUUAUGGUUGGAUCAAACAGAAUGGAGAUAUCCCCAACAGAAAUCGAACACCGUUUUGCAACUGGUCCUUAUGUAAACGUCCACGAUACUUUGUCUUUGUGUUUGGUUCAGCAGUAUCAAUGUUGGGAUUUCCUGUUGCAAAUUUCUUUUUGGCAGAUCGUGCUAAAGCGUACGGCAUUCACGAAAACCAAUCAAAAUGGUUUUACGUCGUUUUUGGAAUUUUUGGCAUCACAUUCGGACUUAUAGCUGGAAAGAUUGGGGACAUGAUAAUAAGAUAUCGGGUUAUUUUGAAUUUAUCAUGUCUCCUUUUACAUGGUAUAAUUACACUUCUCAGUUACCUAUGUACAACUUACAUAACGUUAUUAAUACACUCGGCCAUCUCUGGGAUAUUUUAUGGUAUUUACAAUUCUACACUUUGUCUCUCUGUAUUGGAGUGUGUUGGAGCGGCAAAUAUAGCACAAGGCUUUGGGUUUCUACUUUUAUUUCAAGGAUUUUUUAUUCCUUGGACCACCCCUUGCAGGUUUUCUGAGAGACGCAACUGGCACAUUUAA